AUGGACGCCAUCAAGAAGAAGAUGCAGAUGCUCAAGCUCGACAAGGAAAAUGCCUUGGACAGAGCAGAACAGGCUGAAGCUGACAAGAAGGGAGCAGAGGACAAGAGCAAACAGCUGGAGGAUGAACUUGUAGCACUGCAGAAGAAACUGAAGGGUACAGAGGAUGAGCUGGACAAAUAUUCAGAAGCCCUUAAAGAUGCCCAGGAAAAGUUGGAGCUUGCUGAGAAGAAGGCCACUGAUGCUGAAGGAGAUGUAGCCUCAUUGAACAGGCGUAUCCAGCUGGUUGAGGAGGAGUUGGAUCGUGCUCAGGAGCGUCUGGCCACAGCUCUUCAGAAACUGGAGGAGGCUGAGAAGGCUGCAGAUGAGAGCGAAAGAGGUAUGAAAGUCAUUGAGAACAGAGCCCUGAAGGAUGAAGAAAAGAUGGAGUUGCAGGAGAUCCAGCUGAAGGAAGCCAAGCACAUUGCUGAGGAGGCUGACCGCAAAUAUGAAGAGGUCGCCCGUAAGCUGGUGAUCAUUGAGGGUGACUUGGAACGCGCAGAGGAACGUGCUGAGCUGUCAGAAAGCAAAUGUGCCGAGCUUGAGGAAGAGUUGAAAACUGUCACCAACAACCUGAAAUCUCUGGAGGCCCAGGCAGAGAAGUACUCCCAGAAGGAGGACAAAUAUGAAGAGGAAAUCAAGGUUCUCACAGACAAACUGAAGGAGGCUGAGACACGUGCUGAGUUUGCAGAGAGGACAGUAGCCAAGUUGGAAAAGACCAUUGAUGAUUUAGAAGAUGAACUGUAUGCCCAGAAACUGAAGUACAAAGCCAUCAGUGAAGAACUGGAUCACGCUCUCAAUGACAUGACUUCAAUGUAA